CAAGUUCUUUAAGUUCAAAGUCGAUUGAAAAUGUAAGUGCCUCCUGUCCGCUGCUCACCAAGGAAAUAUUUAACGCGCUGAGUGGAGAAACGAGCUAGGGAUCAAGUAGUUGGAAGAUAGCUAAGUCGCGACCAGCGGCCCUUUACGAUUACAGCUACAGCGGCGGCCACGGAUCGCAACCAGAGUGCCACGAGCACCAGCUCCAGCACCAGCUCCAGGAUGCCCAAGCUCUACAACGGCGUCUACAGCGGCCAGUGCGGCGCCCUCUCCCCACCUGACCUCAUGGAGGCCCAGCCGAAGCUGCUGCCCAAGCCAAGGAGCAACAGCAGCGGCAGCACCGGGCGGAACAGCAAGUACUGGAUAUUUUCAAUGAUAAUCGAGCGCAGCGCGGGUCCCAAGCGGAUGGAAAUCGAUGGCGAUGAUGCGGACACGCCGCUGGAGGCCAUCCUGCCAGCCGAACCGCCGGCGGAGGUCUGCCUCUUGCGUGACAGCCCCUUCAGGAUAUUGCGGUCGACAAUGAUUUCGGGCGACAAGGAGACUCCUAAGGGGGAAGACUUCGCCAGUGCGCUGCGAUUCUUGAUGGGCGGCUGUGUCCGCGAAUCGGAGAUGACUGCAAUGGCGCCGCUUAACCUGCCCAAAAAGUGGGCACGCAUCCUGCGGAUGUCCUCGGCGCCAAAGAUACCAAUCGUGGACUAUCUGGAGGCGGCUGAGUCCGGAAACCUAGACGACUUCAAGCGACUCUUUAUGGCGGACAACUCGCGCAUUGCUUUAAAGGAUGCGAAAGGACGAACGGCUGCUCAUCAGGCGGCUGCCCGUAAUAGGGUUAACAUUUUGCGCUACAUUCGCGACCAGAACGGCGACUUUAAUGCGAAGGAUAAUGCCGGCAAUACGCCGCUCCACAUCGCCGUGGAGUGCGAUGCCUACGACGCUCUGGACUAUCUAUUGUCCAUCCCAGUGGAUACGGGAGUGCUGAACGAGAAGAAGCAGGCCCCAGUGCACCUGGCCACCGAGCUGAACAAGGUGAAGUCCCUGCGGGUGAUGGGUCAGUACCGCAAUGUCAUCGAUAUCCAGCAGGGCGGCGAGCAUGGACGCACUGCUCUGCACUUGGCCGCCAUCUACGAUCACGAGGAGUGCGCUCGCAUCCUGAUAACUGAGUUCGAUGCAUGCCCACGUAAGCCCUGUAACAAUGGUUAUUAUCCCAUACACGAAGCGGCCAAGAAUGCCAGCUCCAAGACAAUGGAGGUCUUCUUCCAGUGGGGCGAGCAGCGCGGUUGCACCCGCGAGGAGAUGAUAUCCUUCUACGACUCGGAGGGCAAUGUGCCGCUCCACUCGGCUGUCCAUGGUGGCGACAUCAAGGCUGUGGAGCUCUGCCUCAAGUCCGGCGCCAAGAUAUCCACGCAGCAACACGAUCUCUCGACGCCAGUGCACCUGGCUUGUGCCCAGGGAGCCAUCGACAUUGUGAAGCUCAUGUUCGAGAUGCAGCCGAUGGAGAAGCGUCUCUGUCUGAGUUGCACGGACGUGCAGAAGAUGACGCCGCUGCACUGCGCCUCCAUGUUCGAUCAUCCGGACAUCGUGUCCUAUCUGGUGGCCGAGGGAGCUGACAUCAAUGCCCUGGACAAGGAGCACCGCUCUCCGUUGCUUCUGGCGGCAUCGCGAAGCGGUUGGAAAACAGUCCACCUGCUGAUCCGCCUGGGGGCGUGCAUUAGUGUCAAGGACGCCGCCGCCCGCAACGUGCUGCACUUCGUCAUCAUGAACGGCGGGCGGCUGACGGACUUCGCCGAGCAGGUGGCCAACUGCCAGACGCAGGCGCAGCUGAAGCUGCUGCUCAACGAGAAGGACAGCAUGGGCUGCUCGCCGCUGCACUACGCCAGUCGGGAUGGGCACAUCCGGUCGCUGGAGAACCUCAUUCGACUGGGCGCCUGCAUCAAUCUGAAGAACAACAACAACGAGAGUCCGCUGCACUUUGCCGCUCGCUACGGAAGGUACAACACGGUGCGGCAGCUCCUGGACUCCGAGAAGGGAUCGUUCAUCAUCAACGAGAGUGAUGGGGCAGGGAUGACGCCACUGCACAUAUCCUCGCAGCAAGGACACACACGAGUGGUGCAGCUGCUGCUCAAUCGAGGAGCCCUGCUCCAUCGGGACCACACCGGACGCAAUCCUCUCCAGCUGGCGGCCAUGUCCGGAUACACCGAGACCAUCGAGCUGCUGCACUCGGUGCACUCGCAUCUGCUCGAUCAGGUGGACAAGGACGGGAACACCGCUCUCCACCUGGCCACCAUGGAGAAUAAGCCCCAUGCGAUCUCCGUGCUGAUGUCUAUGGGCUGCAAGCUGGUCUACAACGUUCUGGACAUGAGUGCCAUUGACUACGCCAUCUACUACAAGUAUCCGGAGGCAGCCCUGGCCAUGGUGACCCACGAGGAGCGUGCCAACGAGGUGAUGGCUCUGCGUUCGGACAAGCAUCCGUGCGUCACCCUGGCGCUGAUUGCCUCCAUGCCCAAGGUAUUCGAGGCGGUGCAGGACAAGUGCAUCACCAAGGCCAACUGCAAGAAGGACUCGAAGAGCUUCUACAUCAAGUACUCUUUCGCAUUCUUGCAAUGCCCCUUUAUGUUUGCCAAGAUCGAUGAGAAAACCGGAGAGUCGAUUACGACCGCCAGUCCCAUUCCGUUGCCGGCUUUGAAUACCAUGGUUACCCAUGGCAGGGUGGAGCUGCUGGCCCAUCCGCUCAGCCAGAAGUAUCUGCAGAUGAAGUGGAACUCGUACGGCAAGUACUUUCACCUGGCCAACCUGCUGAUCUACUCGAUAUUCCUGGUCUUUGUAACCAUCUACUCCUCGCUGAUGAUGAACAACAUUGAAUUGAAGGCUGGCGACAACAAGACGAUGAGUCAAUACUGCAACAUGGGGUGGGAGCGGCUGACCAUGAAUCUCUCCCAGAACCCGUCGGUAGCAUCCCAGAUUCGUUUGGAUUCCUGUGAAGAGCGCAUCAAUAGAACCACUGCAAUACUUUUCUGUGCGGUGGUCAUUGUGGUCUAUAUACUGCUCAACUCGAUGCGGGAACUUAUACAGAUAUACCAGCAGAAAGUGCACUAUAUCCUGGAGACGGUUAACUUGAUAUCCUGGGUGCUGUACAUCUCGGCCUUGGUGAUGGUAACGCCGGCAUUUCAGCCGGAUGGAGCAAUCAAUACCAUCCAUUACUCGGCCGCUUCAAUCGCCGUGUUUCUGUCCUGGUUCCGCUUGCUGCUAUUCCUGCAAAGAUUCGACCAGGUCGGCAUCUAUGUGGUCAUGUUCCUGGAGAUUCUGCAGACGCUCAUUAAAGUGCUGAUGGUGUUCUCCAUACUGAUAAUUGCCUUUGGCCUGGCUUUCUAUAUACUACUUUCGAAGAUUAUUGACCCCCAACCGAACCACUUGUCCUUCUCCAACAUACCUAUGUCCUUGCUGCGCACUUUCUCCAUGAUGCUGGGCGAGCUGGACUUUGUGGGUACCUAUGUGAACACCUACUAUCGGGACCAGCUGAAGGUGCCCAUGACCUCGUUCUUGAUUUUGAGCGUUUUUAUGAUCCUUAUGCCCAUUCUCCUGAUGAACUUGCUCAUCGGUUUGGCCGUCGGCGAUAUCGAGUCAGUGCGUCGCAAUGCCCAGCUCAAGAGGCUGGCCAUGCAGGUGGUGCUCCACACAGAGCUGGAGAGGAAGUUGCCCCAUGUCUGGCUGCAGCGAGUGGACAAGAUGGAGCUCAUCGAGUAUCCCAAUGAAACCAAGUGCAAGCUCGGCUUCUGCGAUUUCAUCCUGCGCAAGUGGUUCUCGAAUCCGUUCACCGAGGAUUCUUCCAUGGACGUCAUAUCCUUCGACAACAACGAUGACUACAUCAACGCGGAAUUGGAACGGCAGCGGCGAAAGUUGCGCGACAUUAGUCGAAUGCUGGAGCAACAGCACCAGCUGGUGCGGCUUAUUGUCCAGAAGAUGGAGAUCAAGACGGAGGCGGAUGACGUGGACGAGGGUAUAUCGCCAAACGAGCUGCGCUCCGUAGUCGGCCUGAGAUCGGCGGGCGGAAAUCGAUGGAACUCACCACGAGUCCGGAAUAAACUAAGAGCCGCAUUGAGCUUCAACAAGAGCAUGUAGAUCCCUUCGUUCGGCGGGACUCUCGGCAUUAUAAGAAAAUCUGUGUAUCGUCCUUAGUAGAAAAUUGCACCUUUUUAAAUGUAUCUCUAUGUGUGUGUAAAUCGUUGUCCCACAGUGACGUGGCUCGUGUGUGUGUAUGUGAAGAUCGUAAUGUGUGAGGUCCUAAAAGGAAUAAUACAUCGAAUUUAUAGGCAAGGACCGUGGGCUGUUCUCGUAACUUGAUUAAGCUGUGGAUUUCAACAGAUCU